CGGUUUUCUAAAUUUAGGGCGUUGAAAAAGCACCAAUUGCUUCUUCCAGUACAUAGCAUGCAUGGACUAUCGGAUUGUUUUUUCGGAUUGUUUUUAGUGUGUAGAGUCAUUGUUGUUUUUUACGCAACUGUAUCUAUCGGAGAUCCUGAUGACCCGAGCUAAUAAAUCAUCUUUGUAACUAAGCUGAAGCCUCGCAGACGCAGUAGCGGCGCGGGUGCGCCAUUUUCUUGUUGACACCCGGGUGCCGUACAAUGCAAUAAAUGUCCCAGUUUUUGGGUCCGCAACUCGUACUUCCCACCUUUUGAACUUCACGUUCGCGGGUGGAUCAUCGAGUUCGAAUAACAUAUCAUUCAAGAAAGGGAAAAAUAACCCAAAACAAAAGUAGUUACACCAUGAGCCGUCCCCGUGUGCUGUACGUCUUUCUGCAAACCGACCCGGAGAACAGUUUUCACCCUGCUAUCAAGCAGUUGUGCGAGCAAACGCAAGAAAACGCCGCGGUGGAAUUUCUCAUCAAGCUUCGUCCGAAACUUAUCAAAAUGAAAAAUCCCCCCUCCCCAUAUUGAGACGGAAACUUCUGUUGCUGAAUUUGUGUACACAAAUCAGCCCUGUCUUGCAGUGAGGCACUACAGGCAAAGCCCCAGCCUGCGUAUGGGUGUUUUGUUGUAGGCUCUUGGCAUAGGAGAGGCCUGCCAUGUAGGUGAAACAGCAUUACAAAUCGCCUCCAUAAGGCGGCGGAUUCUUUGGCUUUGCCUUCUUGCAAGACAGAUGUGAUUUGUGACCUCAAAUCCGCAACACAAAUUUUUGCAAGCAUACCUUUUCGAUAUGGGGAGGGGGGAUUUUUCCUCUCAAUAAAAUUGCCCGAAGACCUGCCGUUCUGCGAAAAAUGCGAAAUUUUGAUGAUUUCACCCUUCACCGGCGGAAGCAAUGGUGUAUGCAUCGCAAAAAAAGCGUACUAGUACAAACUGCAUGGCAAAUUUGCUCAGCAUGAAAAAUGGACUUUGUCAUGGUGGUUCACCCUGGGUGGUAGAUUUGUCAUGCCUAUCUGCAAUUCGUCACAAACUUUUGCAAUGCAUAUGCCGCGUUGCUGGCGAACUGUCUGUCGAACCUGAAAAAGUUGAAGUGGAUUCACUCCCUCUCCGCAGGAGUGGACAUGAUCGUCCCGACGCUGCAGCAACACUACCUCGGCGGCAUGAUGAGCACAUCAGCAGGGUCCACUUCAUCUUCUACCGGCGCCGCAGAACAGCUGAAAAUGCCACCUUUGACGAACGCGAAGCACGUAUGGGAGUGUCAGGAUCGAAAUCAACAAAAUCGAAGUGAUUUGUGAUGCAUAAAACCGAUACCACUGGGAGCCUCAGUUUCCAAGCGGCGCAUGACAAACUUCGAUAGCACGAAAAGCCAGUCUGUCAGGCUGUUUGGGCAAAGAGGACUGCUCCUAUCGUGCUGCUCCAGCAGCACAUCGCCCUCCUCUAAACAGGCUUGGAAUCGGUCUCAUUUGCCUGCUCCCCAACACAGGCCUUACUUACCCUACAUUUUAUGCAUUACAAGUUUUUCGAUUUGGUCGAUUUCAAACCUGACGCUUCCAUAGCACGCCUUCUCCUACUCGCUCGCGGAGUACGCUUUGUUUGCGAUCCUGUUUUUCACGAAGCAGGCACGGCGGCUGCUCGAGUAUGCAAUGCAAAAGUAUCGUACGUAGUAGAAAUUGCAUUACAAAUUCCCCCAGCAUUACAAAUUCAAUUUGUAAUGCUGAUUUACCUUGAGAAUUGGAUUUGUAAUGCAUAAAUUCAAUUACUACGAGUACGAUACUUUUGCACAGGAUAUCGAGAACCAAAGGACGAAGACCUGGGACCGGUUCCAAAUGAACUGGCUUGCGGGGGGCAGUGCGAUAGCAGGGACGAAUAGUGGCAGCGCGAAUCUUAAAUCGCAACCCGCACUGGGGAAAAAACUCGGAUUCAUCGGGUUCGGCAGCAUUGGGAAGGCGUGCUACGAUAUCGUACGAAAAAAGUGUUUCACUGUAAGGAUUUUGCAAGGUUUGCGUCACAAGUGUGUUUUACAUCACAGAGAAACUUUGCCAUGCGAGAUUCCUAAGGGAAAACACAGGCAAAAAUCCAUUGUCUUGCAUGUGCAGCAAGACAAAUACUUACAUUUUCUGCAUUACAAGUUUACACUGAAACAGUUUUUUCUUGCGAUAUACGAUUUGCUUGUCGGCAGCAAGAGGAGAACGCAGCUCGCCACGCCCGGUGGCCCGGCCGGCACCGGCGGCAUAUCGUGUGCAAAAGUAUCGUACUCGUACAAAUGCAACUCUUGCAUUACAAAUCUUGUUUGCAAGGCAAAUCUGCAUAUACAAAUUUCAUAUUCUCAUGCUGAGGAAAUUUGUAAUGCAUUUAUACGAGUACGAUACUUUUGCACUUCAUACGGCAUUCCCUGGAGCCAAGUGCUCGUACACCGAAGAACCCGGGACAGUGCGACUGCAGGGAGUGACGGCGGGGGAAUUGCGACUGCCGGUGCACUAUCAAAUGCAACUAUGUCUGGGUCGUCUGGAAGCGUGGAAAGUUGUCAUGCAGGUUUUCCAUGACCCAUGAGGUCUGGAAUGCGGGACCUAGCAUGACACAGUCUGCGAGGUCUCUGCCAUGCCUGUCCUGCAUGAGAAACUCCCUCCUAACUUUGUCGAAAGUGGACGGCUUUUGGCACUCAUGCAACACAGAUUUUAGCAUUAUUCGGAUUUAGCAUGACAAGUUCCAGACCCAGACACUUUUGCAAUCCAUAUGCACAAUCCGCGAUCACGUUUCAAGAGGACUUUUCAACCAGUGAGGAACAGUUGGUUGAGACCCACCCAGACUACCUGCUCGGCGAGUACGCCAGCAAAGAAGAUGUUUUCGCGAAAUCGGACGUGAUCAUAUGCACGUUGCCGGGCACGGCGGAGACGCACCAUUUCUGCGACAUGGCGUCCGUUUCUUUGAUUCCGGAUGGGGCGGUACUUACUUAUUUGAUGACUUUGUGAUAUUCAUUUUCAUAUUGAAACUUGUGAUGUGGAUUGAGCAUCGUGGUCAACCCGUCUGUGAUAAAAAUCAGCAUGGCAAAUUAUCCGUAUCUAUAAACGAUCGUAUCAAACAGAUCUUCGUUUCUCUUGGGCGUGGAUCGUGUGUGGAUGAGCAGGCGUUGAUUCAAAAUGCACCUUUAUGAUGCGAAAAAUGGCAUACUAGCAUACGUGACUUCUGCAUCGGUAUUUUUGUGAAGAAGCAGGUCUGUUCUGUAACUGUAGUACGAGGAUCUGUCAACAUGGACACACAAAAGCGUAAGCAAUGUCAAUGCAAAGUUGUAGUUGUGCGCUGUCUUCAUUCGUCUUUUUGAAGAGAACUCAAAGCUACCUCGACGCGUCUUUCAUGGUCCUCUUGUGCUCCGACAAGUACAACUCUGCCAUUCUCUGCAGUUUACAGCAGAAGUUCAUCGCGUGCUAGAUUUUUUCAACAUGAUGCCCCCGGUUUGCCGGUAUUGCCCUCGACGUUUUCGAGAAGGAGCCGCUGCCCAAUAAGGCGUUCUCAAAUGUUACAUUCUCCAAUGUUACAUGAAAUUUGUGACGCAAGAAUGGCAAAAGUGAAAGGCAGGACCUUGCGCGUCUUGCAUGAUAGACUUUGACUUGGCAAAGAUUCUCAGGCUGUUUGGCUGUCUGAGAAUCUGUCAUGCGAAGCAGCUGCGUGGCGUCGAUAGUCAAGGCAAUUUUGCAUGACAAAAGUCGUGUAACAGUUGAGAAUGUAACAGUUGAGAACGCCAUACCCAAAGAAUCCGCUUUGUGGGAACUCCCGAAUGUGUUGGUGUCGCCGCACAAUGCUAUCCAAGGGCGAAUCAAUAAUGUUACACCCCGGCUACAACUUCAGUUUGUGAUGCAUGCUAGCGACACGAUGCAUUAAGCAUGAUGUCCAGGUGUCAGUAGAACUAGAACUAGAACUGGAAUCGCUAGAGCCCGACCUAGACUCUUUGUAGUUCAUGGCUUGCAUCACAGCCUGAAGUUGAAAUAACCGAGGUUGACAAUUUUCCGCAGGAUAAACCCCGACCUGGUAUCGACGUACAUUAGCGACAGCUGGGACGUUUUUAUCCAGGAAAAACACCCAUCCCCAUCCAAUUUGUCAUGCAAAACAUGCAUCAAGUCCACCACUUGUCAUGCAAAAAAUGGUUGGGGAUGGGUGUUUUUUCCUGGAUAGUUUUCUGCCAGAGACUAUUGGUUGGAAUCUUCACAUCAUUUUCGACUGAACAUGUUCAUGCUUGUGGCACUACGUACUUGUGCUGCCACCACUGGUGCAUCUCUAAGUCUAAUGCCUCUUGUAUCUUCUCCAUGAAGUAGCUGUCGCAAAGCCUGAAGAUUCCAACUUGCAUAUUUCCUUGCUGAGUAUCAGGCCGGGAAGGCUUUUGAAAGCGGGCUGGUGGACGUGCAGAUUGGGUAUUGAUGGGGAAGACUCACACGACUAAAAAGCAACCAGCGUGUUCGUGAGUGUCUUGCUUCUGUAUUCAGGGUUCUCUUUCGACGCCGUUUUCUGUUCUUUGAAUGCAUUAGCUUCAAAAUUCGCACAAGAAAUUUCGUGUUGCAGGGUCUACUGCGCCAAAGAACUCAAAAAAUGCUUGCGGAAAAGUACGGAAAAUUUUUCCACGUUUAGUACGGAUAUUACCGUCUUCACGUGGAAAUAAAUUUUGGUGUUCCUGUACGUAAAUUUAUUUCUCAGCCUGUUGUAGUGAGUUCUUGCGUGUCGUAACCACAGUCAAGAAAGUUGCUGCUUUUGUUAACGUUAGACGGCAACUUCUACAGUUCUGUCUUGACUCACUCUCGUCCUGCUCGGUGUCGUUUCGAAACAAAGUUACUCGGUCUACUGUUCUUCAUACUUCGCAUUGAGGCAGCCGCUAGAUGAACAGCUGUUGGUCGUUGUCACAAAACAUCACAUCUUCAUCUGCUAACUACUGUAUCUUUCAGAUGCGUCGCCUCUUGCUCGUCGUUAUCGUUCUCUUCCACCGGAGUUAUUGUUGGGUGUUGCAUAUCAUGCAGAGACCUCCUCGGUAUGUUUCGUCACAUUCAGAAGAAUCGGUUGUUGGAGCGACAGAAAAAA